UCUCAUAGCCUAAAAAGAUCAUUUCCCAAUACACCAAAAAAUCUUUUGCAACAAUGGCCUCAAUAGCUGGUGUUAGUAUCACAAACCCAAGAAUUUUCGCCAAAACAUGUGAUUCCUCUAAGGUUCAAGCCUUGAAAUUUCCAUGCCUGAACAAACCAUGGAAAAAUUCAUCAUCAGUCCAAUUUGGACAUGGAAAAUUGUAUCUUAAGACCAUAGGUGCAACACCAGAUAAUAAGCUUUCUGAUUUAGUAGCUGAUAGUGUUAAAGAAGCUGAAGAAGCUUGUGCUGAGAACCCGGUUAGCGGAGAGUGCGCGGCGGCUUGGGAUGUGGUAGAAGAGGCGAGCGCAGCAGCGAGCCAUGCUAGGGACAAGAAGAAGGAGUCUUCUGACCCUUUGGAGAAUUACUGCAAGGAUAAUCCUGAGACUGAUGAGUGCCGUACUUAUGACAAUUGAUUAAAUUACUAAGUCAUGUUAUAUUUGUUGUUAUUCUCAAACAUAAUACCUAUAUGGUAAUUUGAUACUCUUGUUGUUAUCCUCAUGAAUAUUCUUGAAUGUUAAAGAGUCCUGUUUAAGUAGAGCUCA